AAGUCGUGAUGCUCGAGCUUCUGUGGCUCGCGAACACACAACAAACAGCGCCUCUCUCCGCUCUCACCAUUAAACUGUAGUGCAUUCGCCGUAUAUACACCUGAGUCUGAAUGAUUACCACUUAAUAUACACGUAUAGUAAUGUUUUUGAAUGUAUCAACAUACCUGGAUCUUUUUUUCACCACGGCUUGUUUUAUUCACAUAAUUGUGCGCGGGAUGUACGGAGAAAGAGAAGUGCACAGCUAACGCUGCUAGCCGCUUUAUUCAUAAAUUAUUUUCCACAUCUGAGAGGCGGGGGAUCCAAACCCAAAGCCGUCAAAAAAAUCGAGACUUUUGGAUGCAUUCAAUUAACACCAGCGUUUCAUUUCAUAGCCGCCUUUUCUCAGGACUUCAGGUUUCCGGAGACAACAGCCAGAAGCUAUCGAGGAAUUACAUGGAUUAUCUGUGUUUCAGGACAUUGUGCUGUAAAGGACCUCCCCCUCCCAGACCAGAAUAUGACGUGGUUUGUAUCGGUCUGACGGGUUCUGGGAAGACCAGCCUGCUCUCCAGACUUUGCAGUGAGGCAACAGACAACAUCGUCCCUACCACAGGUUUUAGCAUUAAGGCCGUCCCGUUCCAGAAUGCCAUUUUAAAUGUCAAGGAACUCGGAGGAGCAGACUCAAUUAAAAAGUACUGGAGCCGGUACUACCAGGGCUCUCAGGGGGUGGUGUUUGUUUUGGACAGCGCUUCGUCGGAGGAGGACCUGGAGAUGGCGCGUACAGAGCUCCACUCUGCCCUGCAGCAUCCGCAGCUCUGCACGCUUCCCUUCCUCAUUCUGGCCAACCACCAGGACAAACCUGCUGCCCGCUCUGUACAAGAGAUAAAGAAAUACUUUGAGCUGGAACCUCUGGCACGAGGUAAGAGCUGGAUUCUGGAGGGCAGCACGGUGGACAGCAUGGACAUGGUGAAGGAGAGCUUCAGUCAGCUCAUUCAUCUGCUCGAAGAGAAGGACCACGAGAUAGGCAGGAUAUGACCAGGGAACGACAUCCCAGCAUCCCUCAGACACUACCGAUCAACCAACUCACCACAGGCCAACACAUUCCGGUUCAGCCUGGCCGUCGUGUAGACUACCUUGUGAAACAAUGUGAGCCAUGGGGGAAAAAUGGACAAUGGUGAAUCCUCAUGUAAGGAUGCAUAUCUGCAGAAAAAGAAGGUAGCUCAGCUCUUAAGUUUGAUAUCUUCUCUUAAACCAUGUGUAUAAACCCAGAACAAGCGUUAGCCACGCGAUUACCAUUCUCAGUAAAAUGGUUGUAUCUGUCCUUUUUAAUACAGUCCUAGUCGCACAUUGCUACUAAACAGAUGAUGUAAUCAUAUGCUUGGUCACGUAGGGUAGUCUAUAGUGUGUUUUCUUAGCACAGCUUGUGAGUGAUUGCGUGAAUGAUUGUUAGCGCGCGCGAGAGAGCGAGAGGUGCCAGUUUGUACUUAAAAGCCUUAAAGUGAGUAAUAAUGUAUUUUUAAAAACAAACGUUUCAUUGUGUUUUCACAAACGAAAGUCUUUAGAUGUAAUUCAAAUAGGCCGUCUUAAAUAUUUGUGGCUGUGAAGUGAAAAGAAGCGGAACAAUGUGUGAUUCCUCAGUCGUAAAACAAUUAAAUAAAAUGUAAAAUCUCUACACUGCAUGGAGCCGCACUUGAUGUACUAUUGGAGCUUUAGAGUGACCUAUAAACGCACAUUUUUUUAAUUUGGGAUCAUUGAGGACACCAAUGUUUUCAUAACUUGGUCUGGUAUUAUUUCUCAGCUGAUCAUAUCCAGGAUAUUGCUCUGUCUCUUUAUCUUGGAUGGUUAUGGCUGACAAAGCCCUUCUGAAAAAUAUAACACUGAAAGACAUUAAAGCCCUCUAGGUGAACCAUGACACAGCCUUUGAUUUUGUAUGCAUGAUGUAUUUGCUAUGUGCUCGUUUGGAUAUCAUGGUAUUUGUUUUUGAAUUGUUUUUGUAUUUCUGUCGGCCCUGAAUGUAACACAUUCUCUUUCCAUAACCACACCUCCUCUAGUCUACUUGUUUUUCCCAUUUAGAUGAGUUUCUAGAUGCACGAAUGGAGGAGGAAAUUAAUGCAUGAGCCCAGUCUGGUAUUAACCAAAUCAUUCAUGUGCCACGUCAGCCACACUUCCAAAAACAAGAAUCAUUUGACAAACACAUUGACUGCAUAAUCGUCAUCAGACUCGGACAACAUCUACUACAAUUUUAUACCCUCCAAACCAGUUCAGCUGCCUUUUUGUAAUUCAAAUAUUUGUACAUUUGUUACAGAUUAGUCUCUGGAAAGACAUGUGCCUGUCUUUGUACUGGAAGAUAAAUGUCUAGGUGGACCUUUAGCCAUUAAUCAAGGUGGCAUCAAGUCAUUCACAUGUUUGACAGUGUUUAUAUGUAUUUAUGCAUAAUUUCCACUGAGCAACAUGGAAAAUAAAGGCUGAAGAAGGACAAA